CCUGUUUUUACUUCCGACUCCCCUGUUAAACUUCCGCUCUCGCCUCUGCCUGCCCUCUUCUACCAGCCCGAUCCAACAUGGGACGCGUCAGGACCAAGACCGUGAAGAAGGCCGCCCGGGUCAUCAUUGAGAAGUACUACACCCGGCUGGGCAACGACUUCCACACCAACAAGAGGGUGUGCGAGGAGAUCGCCAUCAUCCCCAGCAAGAAACUGCGCAACAAGAUCGCUGGGUAUGUGACCCACCUGAUGAAGCGCAUUCAGAGGGGCCCCGUCAGAGGCAUCUCUAUCAAGCUGCAGGAGGAGGAGAGGGAGAGGAGGGACAACUACGUCCCUGAGGUCUCUGCACUGGACCAGGAGAUCAUUGAAGUCGAUCCCGACACCAAGGAGAUGCUGAAGCUGUUGGACUUCGGCAGUCUCUCCAACCUCCAGGUCACCCAGCCCACAGUGGGAAUGAACUUCAAAACACCAAGAGGAGUUUAGUCGUGUAAUUUACCACCUCAAUAAAGAUGACAAAAAACUGAAA